AUCUAGUGUCCAGUGCAUCUGGACACUACCACUACACUGGGUUUAUUUAGGGUUCUUCCUCGCGAUGGAAGGCGAUGGCGCAUUGCGAGCGAUCAUCUACAAUCGGGGCAGCUUGCGCCUUCUUGACCAGAGGGAGCUCCCUUUCAAGAUUGUGUACCUCGAUGUGAACGAUUCGGGCACUGGAUGGAAAGCAAUCAAAGAUAUGGUUGUUCGUGGAGCUCCUGCGAUUGCCAUUGCCGCAGCGUUGUCUUUGGCUGUGGAGGUCCACAAUCUUCGCCCUGGCGAGGUCACGACUCCGCAAGACGCUCACCUCCUUUUGCGGAAGCGUCUCGACUAUUUGGUUUCGAGCCGACCAACAGCCGUCAAUCUCGCGGAUGCCGCAGAGAAACUUAAGAGAGUGGCUUCAGUGGCAGCUAGUACCGAUAAUGCUAGCGCACAGGAUGUGUUCCAGGCAUACAUUGAAGCCGCGGAGGCUUUUCUCGAAGAAGACGUCUCUUCCAACAAAGCGAUUGGGGACUACGGCUCGGCGUUUCUUCUCAAUGGAGCUGACGAGUCUCGCAAGCUGGCUGUUCUAACGCAUUGCAAUACUGGGAGUCUUGCUACUGCCGGGUAUGGGACAGCUCUGGGAGUCAUUAGAGCUUUACACUCGCAGAACCGCUUGCAUACGGCAUUUUGUACAGAAACAAGGCCGUACAACCAGGGAUCGCGAUUGACAGCCUUUGAGCUGGUGCACGACAAUAUCCCCGCCGUGCUCGUUGCAGACUCUGCAGCAGCGUCGCUUCAAUCUUCCGGGCGUGUGGAUGCUGUCAUAGUUGGCGCUGAUAGAGUUGCGGCGAAUGGUGAUACCGCAAAUAAGAUUGGAACGUACAGUCUGGCCGUGUCUGCCUCGCGCCACGGGAUACCGUUUCUCGUAGCAGCGCCAUUGACUUCGGUGGAUUUGUCUAUCUCGUCCGGCGACCAGAUUUCUAUCGAGGAGAGGUCAGCUUUGGAACUGACUCAUACUCAGGGUGGACAAGGACAUCGAGUUGCUGCCGAGGGAAUAUCGGUGUGGAAUCCGGCGUUUGAUGUAACACCAGCAGCCUUGAUCUCGGCCAUCAUAACUGAUAAGGGUGUCAUUACGAAAGCUGAUGAAUCCGGCACCUUUGACAUUCCUGCAUUUGUGAAGAGCUUAGCAACAACCGCUCCCGGAAAAGCCACCACUUUUCGUCCCCUGAGCGAGAACACUGUGGCAGAUUACGUGCAAAGUGUUUCGCACCUUGCGAAGCGACUUGGGGGUAGUAAACAAGACUGGGCGGUUAAAGAAGUUGGAGAUGGCAAUCUCAACUUUGUCUACAUUGUUACGGGUGCAAGCGGCUCUUUCGUCUUAAAACAGGCCCUUCCUUAUGUACGAUGUGUUGGCGAUAGCUGGCCAUUGUCACUGGAGCGUGCUUAUUUUGAAGUUACGGCUUUGCAAGAGCACGGAAAGCACUGCCCAGAACACGUCCCGGAAGUGUAUCACUUCGACCACCCGAUGGCAUUGUUUGCAAUGCGCUAUCUAGCGCCGCCGCAUAUCAUUUUGCGGAAAGGACUAAUCGCUGGAACGAAGUAUCCCUUACUGGCGGAACACAUGUCGGACUACAUGGCCAGGACGUUGUUCAACACUUCGCUUCUGGCAACUUCUACAACUGAACACAAGGCGGCAGUCGCCAAGUUCUGUGGGAACGUCGAGCUUUGCAGAUUGACAGAACAGGUGGUCUUCACGGAGCCGUAUAUGAUCGCGUCAAACAAUCACUGGACAACACCUCAGCUAGAUGAGGACGCUAAGUCCAUCCGCGAAGAUGAUUAUUUAAAGCUCGAGAUUGCCUCGCUGAAGUCCAAGUUUUGUGAAAAGUCACAAGCAUUGAUUCAUGGAGACUUACACACGGGAUCAGUGAUGGUCACUCAGGAGUCGACACAAGUGAUUGAUCCAGAGUUCGCAUUCUACGGGCCAAUGGGGUUUGACAUUGGAGCCUUUCUCGGGAACCUUGCUCUUGCGUACUUUUCACAAGACGGUCAUACGUCUGACAACAGCAAUAGAGAUGAAUACAAAGAAUGGAUAUUGAAAGUUCUACAGGAUACCUGGAAUUUAUUCAAAGAGAAGUUCCUUCUCUUGUGGACAGACAAAUCCCAGAGGAUGGGCGACGCAUAUCCGGCGGGCGUUUACACGUCGCUUGAGACUCAUAAACUGGCCCAGAAGAUUUAUCUCAGGGACUUGUUCGAAGAUACGCUGGGUUUUGCCGGGGCAAAGAUGAUAAGGAGAAUCGUGGGCAUUGCACACGUGGAAGAUUUCGAAUCGAUCGAAAACCCAGAGUUGCGGUCACAAUGUGAAAGACGCGCGUUAAAUUUUGCCAAGGACUUGCUCAAGACGAGGUCCAAGCUCGCGUCAAUUGAGGAAGUAAUUCAGCUUAUCAGAAAAGUGUGAGAUAACAAUCAUACAAUCAAACUCCCAACGUACUCAGCUUUCCUGAAAAUAAGCCGAAAAUCGAAAUAAGAAACAGUUGAGAACUUCAAGCGUGGUGAUUCA